AUGGCAGAUUUUACAGGAGACCAUACGUGGUUACAAAUACAGCAGGAACUAAGCUUGAGGAAACUAAUAGAGGGCUCGGAGUACCAAGAGGAACUGAAGUAUGAUUUCAAUAUAAAAGGAGAACUAAGGCAUCUGGAUACAAAUGAGUCCUUUGUUUUCAAUUAUUACAAGAAUGCACAUGAGCAGAAUCAUAAACGCUAUCAAGUUUUGGGACAUUUGAUUACUCAAUAUGUUUACGGGCUCCUGGAAAGAGUCUGCACACUGCAAAAAGUUUACAUUCCUACUGAUGCUACAGAGGAUGAACCAAGAAGUUUCUUUUUCAUGAGUGAGAACGCACUCACAAGUUCCUUUAGCCUAAUUGUCCUUCUUCAAGACCGUGGAGUUUUCCGUGCUGGACAGUGGGGGCAAAGGACAAUUGUCAGGGAGGGCCUGGGGCAUGGAACGCAAAUACCAUUCAUCAAAACAGCCCUUCAAAGCCAUAGGGGAGUGAUUGUACUGAAUCCCAAUGACAACUUUGUUGAUCCGAAGACUGAAAAGGAGAGGUUAAGCUUUUCUACCAGGGAAGAAGCACUGAAUUCUACACAGUCCAUCUGGUGGAUCCCCAAGAGAGGCAGCAGCACCCCUGAGGAGCAUACCAUUUAUGUGUGGGAUCACUUCAUUUCAAAGAGCGCAGCCAAGAAUGUGGCCUUCAUUGCCCAUGGCUAUGGUGGCUUGGUGUUCGUUGAUCUGCUGGUGCAGAGAAAAUGGGAGGUAAUGAAUAAAGUGUACUCCGUGGCAUUCAUCGACUCCACGCACAACAUGCAACACCAGACGAGAAGCGAUCCACAAAUACAAGAAUGGAUACUGAAACACUGCUGUGAAUGGGUGUCAAACUGUAAAACUCCAAAUAAAGCUUUUGGCUCUUGCAUGAAAGUGAAUUGUCCUACUGUCUCUGCUAGAGUCGAUAAGUAUGAUUUAGCACCCUCCUGCUGCUUACGUGCCAUCUUUAAGUACCUGAACAGCACACUGAAAGCCAAGACCUCCAGGCAUUCACCUGUUGCAACCAGAAGUAGCACAAGUAAAAGAGGCAAUAAAUAAAGGUAUACUGAUCUGUUCUUGAUAGUGGUUUCUUCCUUUCACUACUUCCUCUGCACCUUUCAGUCACCUAAGGAUCUUCACCUCACUGUGAAGCAAAAUUCUAAGUUUGAAACUAGUUUGCUUGGCUUUGAGAAAUGACAAAUAC